AUGGGAGGCCAAAUUGAAGGGAAAGGCGUAGCAGGGAAGACGGUGUCUGGGGUGGAAAGGAGCGACAGCAGAAGUGUUAUGGGUUGGAUUCGACAGAGCAGCAUGAAAAGGUUCAGAUCUAGAGAAGUAGGCGGGAGUCCGCGAGAACAUCGGCGACACGAUGAUGACGAAGCCUCUGUCUGUACCCUUCAAACAGCACCACACAAGGCCUCUGGUGCCCAUGCCACCAGCAAAGGAGAUCACUCUCUUGCGGCGAUGUUCAUGUCGGUACCUAGCAGAACCAAACUCAAGGACGAACUACACGAGAACGCCGAAGACGGGGCUGCGGGCAUGCAUCGGGCUCAUACAACUCAGUCACUGGGUGCGCUGCAUGCGGGAAGUAUGGUGCAUGAGAGCAGUGUCAGCAUCGACCACGCGAGGCUAGACAGCGGCAGAAGGAGUGUGCGCAGUGCCCCGGGGGACUUGAUCGACGAAGGGGACCACGAAGACUCAAGCGGCAGACUGCCUCAAUCGAAUUGUGAGGACACGGCAGCGAAACACAAUCAGACUGGGAAGCCCAAAAGGAUCAGCAGCUCCUCUGGCUUUGGGCGUAUCGGCAGCUUCUUUACGCGGAGUUUCAGUAAGCACCGCAGCCGCAGCAAUCGCCAUUCGAAAGAUGAGAGUCCACCGUCGGCUACUGAACUUGAGGCUACAGAGGCACCUCCAGUCCUACCUGGCACAGUCAGCGCUGCACCUGCCUUCCCCUUGGCUGUGCUUGAUGCUUUGCCGGACUUUUCGGCUGCCGAUUGGUUGGCGAAGUUUGAAAAGGAAGGGGGCGGAGAGGCAUCGAUUGUCAUGACUGUUUGUGGGGGAGCCUUGGAAGCAGUUGCCACGCAUCUAGCGGAAUUGGAAGAGAACAUACGGCUCCUACAGCAAAACGACCCCAAGCAGCAGCAACAGCAGCAACAGCACAAGGAAGUAGAUGCAGGAGAGACUGCGCAGGGACUUGCUGAAAGGCUGGCAGCAACGCGACAGCAGAUGGAUAGAGCUGAUGAACAGGUCUUCAGCCAGUUACGGUACCAAGACGAGCAAAUUAUCAUCGGGGAACUAAAGCAGAUGAUCGCCACUGUCAAGAACAUCAUGCAUGGGGUUAAGUAUGCUGCGUGUUCAGACACCGCAGUCCAGCACGACCUACAGGGAGAAACAGAGCAGCUGCAGGCCUGGCAAAAACCAUGCGGCGCCCUACGUGAAAACCGAAACUGCCUAGAGGCCUUAUAUGCACAGGUUCGUUCAACACGGGAUGAAGUGCUUUUGAACUAUCACGAAGAGUGCAUUCGGCUGAACCAAAGUGUACAGUUGCUUAUGGACCGCAUAACAAAUACUGUUACGGAGGUCUUUGCGGAGUUCGAAGAGCCACCCUCUCUGGAGUCCCUUUAUGGGAGGCAGGAACUCAACAUCCAGGAGCAGAAGUGCACGCGUAUGGGGGCUGAGCUGCGCCACAAAAGCAGCAGCAGCUGGGGCGUGGGCCACCAGCAGGCAUUUGCCCGCCUGCCGCCAUUCAUAGAGCGUCUGCAGCUGUAUGCGUUCAACUCCCCGUUUUUUUCAAAUGACGGGUGGGAGGUGAAGGGGCUGCAAAGGGAACCCCAAGCUUCAACAGUCUCUCAAACUGUGCAGGCCACACGCCUCUUCACUCCCCUGACACUCAAUCAAUGCCUCCCGCGAAAGAGUUGCGUUAACAGCGUGCCUCCAGGACUGGCUCUGAUGGCGACUCAAGCGGAAAUCGAACUCUACGAGUCUAAACUGUGGUCAGACAGCGCCUCUGGCCCCGCUGGGGAGGGCGGCUUCGGCAGCUUUCGAGUGUUUGAACAGUGGCUUGUAGACGCAAUGAAGUGGCAGUGGAGAGAUGCCUUCAUGUAUUCCAAAUUGCACGAGCGCCAUGGGUCACUGCAGGCAAUGAUCAAGGAGAAGCGGCGAGAUAUUCAAGAGGCAGUCCGCCUGCGACUCAAACAACUAUGGUGGGGAAGAACCGUCGAAAUGCAAGCAGUUCACGCAACACAGGCGGCGGUUGCGUUCAUGGAGGAUUUGCGCGGGGUGGAGGAGCUGCAUGCGGUCCCUGCGGAGGAGAGAAAGAAAGGGAAAGAGGGAGCCGAUAGACUGCGAGGGACAGCAGUGUUUGAGUCGCUUCUCCUAAGGAGCGGCCGGGAGGCCGAACUUGCGUUGAUGCGCGCAGAAGAUAUGAGGGCAUCCGUCUUGAGGGUCGUUGGAAACCCGGCAUACCAGUACUUCAAGAGGUCUCUGGAUGAGUUCAACGCUCGGCCCUCGGAUGCGGCAGCGCACAUCGCAUUCCUGAGACAACAAGCAGAAAAGGUUGCAAGCCUUAAGAGGCGGUUCGAAGAUUCCGCAGAGGGGAAAGAGGGAUAUGAAACACUACAAAAGGAGUGCAAUCAGCUAGAGGCGGCUUUGGCGCUUUUGGAAGUGGAGGCAAAAGCCCUCGAAAGUAAACUCUCCUUUAGGCAGUCUCAACUUAGCGCGAAACGCCAAAAUCUCACACGUUCCCUUGAGCAGCUUUCAGAGGCAUUUGAUGCAGACAACCGGAAAUUAGCUGUAAUUGAAGCUCAGUGGGACUCAGCAGAAAAGAUUGGACAGCUUCUUCAAGACAUCUUGCCUACUGCGGAGGAGAUAGCCUCUUGCAAGCAAAAACUUGCAGAAGAUAGAAAGCAACUGGAGACAGAAAGAGAGGAAAUACAGACAGAACGACAGAGACUGGAGGCGAUCCGUGAAGAAUGCGAAAAGGCGAAGAAAAUGGCAGCUAGUGCGAACUCCUCUUCUACAGCUGGAGACCCAGACAAACCCCGAAGUUCAACUCCAACUUCUUCUCAGGCAGCAGCGUCGGGGACCGAUCACCAACUCUCCAGAACCCCUUCAAAGUCUUUCGUCGGGCGUCUCUUCGGAGGAUCAUCGCGUCCAUCAACUCCAAGGAAGUCUGGAAAGGCAGCCAACGAAGCAGCUGCUGCAACAACAGAAGCGCCGCACCAUCCCGGAACUUUACGCCAGGGUUCUGCGAACGUUCUGCCUGUACACGAGGAGCUGCUUCCUUUGAAGCAUGGCCACUCAGCCCCAAUGCCACUCGUGCAUGCUUCCAAAUGCAGCAGCGAAGUCCGGGAGGUCGUGCAUUCGCAGCAAACCAACGCAGAACAAAGCACGCAAGGGUUGUCGGGGCCCCCAGCGAAAUCGCAUUCUUCCCAGUCUCUAUUGGCGUUGGAACAAGAAGGACGAAAGCCGCCUCCAAGUCUCUUUCCGGCUGCUGUAAACUCAUUAGCUACGGAAGCAGAUCCACAUAGACACUCCGCUGAAUCCGAAAGUGCAGAGAUCCUUGAAGGCGCCAGACACAGCGCGGAGGUGCCGAAGCGCAAGAAGUCGAAAAAUGCAACGGGGAUCGGGUCGUCUCGCAGAGGCAGUCGAAAGAAGAAGAGUAUGUACAGCAAGCUGAGGAGUGCGUUCUCUUUGUCUCAUAGCAGCAAGAAAGACAGUAAGGGGGCCGAGGCGGCAAGCCAUGUGCUUGAAAACCUGAACACAGCAAACGAAUAUGACGCUGCAAAGGGGUCCAGCAGUGGCAGCCAGGAAUCACAAGAGGGUAAUCAUUGGCAUCACAUGGGUAGUCAGAGUUCAGUGUUGGCUACAAUCCCGAAUAUCUUUGAGGGGGAAGGUGAAGAGCGGAAAGACGAAAAGGACAACACCUAUCCAGCCAACGCUAACGCAGCGUUUUCGCUUAUGGUCGGCACCUCCAGCAAAUCCGAGGCCAGCAGUAACCAACCCGCUGCAGAUGUGGCCCUGCACCAGGAAGCAGCAGCUUCCUCGGGGCGAGAACCACUAGCCACUACGCUUGUACUCACAGGCAAGGGAAGCUGCGAGGCCGUCACCACACUCUCACUUGCAGAGUCUUUCCGCCGGGCGUCCCCUGAUCUCGCAGAAGGAAUAAAGAAGGAGGAGGGGCUGCAAGAAAGGGCUUCGCCCACUGAUUUUCUUUCUAGAGGCGGGGUGAACAAAUUCCCCUCAGACUCCUCCGUGCAGGAAGAAGAACAUUCUCCGCAGUUCGGUACUGCGGAUUUAAAAUCUAACGCAGAGGACUCAGAAGAGAUGAGUUUGACUGCCUUCAGUGAUGCCAGCAACAAAGCAGCAGAAUGUCGUCAGGCAGAAGGCGCUGCACACACACCGGUGGAAGGAGGUCCGCUUGUGGCCUUCCCCUCCUUGUCAGCUGGUUCUCCUGCUGACUUUAGAUCGGGUGUCGAGGAUCUGGUUGUCCCAGCAAGCUCUUCGUUUCAUGCAGAAGAACCGUCACAACCAUCAUCGCAGCGCCGCCGGAGCGACACUGCAGUCAGAUCGAGUCUCCAAUACACCACACACGAGGGCCGCAAGCACGGUAGGUGGUCCGGCAGAGCCGCUGCUUUCGAGCGGGUUUUUGCUGCCGGGUUUAGGAGACAGUUUGCUACAGGGUUAGUGGACGAAGACGACCGCAUUGAGGUGUUCCUCUCCAACAACCAGCCAGACCUGACGGCGGCUGUAAUGAGUAGCAGCAUCUUCGCGCUGCUGGAGCCCGAGGAGAGGCAGCAUUGCGUGCAUUUGAUGCUGAACAGCUUCGUGCAGAUUCCCAAAGGCUGCAUGCUCGUGCAAAAAGGCGAAAAGGUUGAUACUUUGUACUUUGUCGUAUCUGGAGAACUCGGGAUGACAGAACCCAACGCAGCCGAAUUGGAGGCAAACGCUACGGCAGGGCUGACUCCCCCAACGUACACUGCACGACGUCGUAGUAGCUAUGACGGAGAAGUUCCUCAGGACAAAUUCCCCGUCAAACUCUGUCCCGGGGCGUUCGUCCUACCAAGAGCUUUUGUCCGAGAAGCUCAAACCAACCACUCCGUCAUGGCUCUGCGCCCCUGCACGCUGCAGAAACUCAGCUUUCACUCGUUUCAACAAGUCAUCAGUUCAUGCAUCUUCCGAAGAGCAUCUCAGGUUAUGAGCUACCUCGGGAACUGCCCUAUUUUGGACUCCUUGACAAGGAGAGAAAGAGUCCAAAUAGCAACGUUAAUGAAGUGGCGGAUUUAUCUCCCCGACGAAGUCAUGUGCUUUCAAGGAGAAAUUUGCAGCGGCGUGCUGGUUGUCGUUCAUGGCUGCGCUCGUGCAGUGCGCUUCGUGGAGCGCCAGGGGAAUCCGGAGGUGGUAGACGAAUUUAGCCCAGGUGACAACAUAAACGCUUUGGCUCUGCUACACGAUACUCCGUCGGACGUCUCCAUCGUUGCUACGUCCCCCGACGGCUGCGUCGUUGCUGUGUUGGAGCGCAACGAGCUGCAGCAGUCUCUUGGCGAUGCUGAGGCAAUUCUCAACAGGCGCUUUGGAAACACCGGCGAGCUGGAGGGAGGCAGGACGUCAGGGCUGCACCAGCUGAAGAAGCAGUUUUCGAGUUUCUGGAGCCGUCGUGGAUCUGGCUAA